GUUGUUGUUGAUCAUCGGCAUUCCUGCCUCUGACAUCCCACGCUUGUUUGGCAUUAUUGACACCAACUCCGAUGGCAACAUCGACUUUGAGGAGUUCGUCCAGUGGCUGUACGCUCAGCCAGUUGAUGCAAAGGAGAAGAUGUUGGGCAGCACUGCAGUGGCCAAGCAGCUGCUGCGAGAAAUUGCUGACAAGCUAAAUGCGGACGGCACGCCACCAGAGGCCCUGUUUGCGAGCGCCAACGUGCGACUUGACGGUCUCCUCUCGAGUGAUGAGCUAUCUCGGAUAUUGCUGGCAUAUUUGCCGGGGCUCUCCACCACCGUUCUGAGUGAAGCGUUUUAUUUGUGCGACUGGGAUCACAGCGGCUGGAUCAACGUGGAAGAGUUUGUUUCUGCCUUGAGAAGAGAGGCAGGCGGAGUGUUGCAGGAAGUAGCUCCGACCAUUGAUGUCUUGGUCACUGUGCCUGCUGGAUGGCGAUAUGGCUCGCAGCUGCCGGUCGCAGGUUUGAAUUAUCUUGCAGUUUUGUGA